CAACAAUCUGAGGAUCAUCUACACGUGCAACAACAAAUCGCCUGUUGGAGCAUGUUAAUGCGAUCAUAAUGGAUCAACUUCCAAAGAGAAAGAAAAGAGGCCCAUAUAAACGAUACAUCAACCAUGGAUCGGACUUCGUGCUACCGAGAAGUACUAAGAGGGCUUGCCAACACAAUGAAGUGCCUACGGACACAACCUCAUCUGAUGAUGAAGCAGUCUCCAACAAUGCAGCGCCCGGACUAAGCCAAGCAGCAGGUCAAGCUUCAGUCUUGUCAGAUAUAAACAGCGUACUUCAAACUGAUACGUUGAGUAGUCAGGAUGAACAGGAAACUUCAAACGACGCUUGUGGUGCAGCGGCCUCCAGCAUGGCAUCUGCUGCGGUCAGUCGCAAUACUUCAGAACUGCAAGCAACCAAUGAUGGGCCACAGCAUGCCAUCCCGAUGAUUUCCCACGACACAUUGCUAAAUGAUGAAGAGCUUUCCAUGUCUGAUGAUGAUGGUUCAGAGCAACAUGAUCCUGGAGAGCUGGCUUCAGAAGAUGACAUGCAGCAAAUGCCUAACAGUCCCACAGCGCCUGGUCAUGGUGGCAAGUCGCUUUUUGGAGAGUUAUUUACCGAUGUUGUGACUGAAAGAGUGGUUCUGUCUAGAGGCGAUAUUCUCCUCAUGGUGCUGAAGCACGCUGUCAAAAAUAAUUCAUCAUUUGCAGGGCUGACCAGCAUCUUAGACCUUAUCAACAGAAUUUUCGAACGACCAAUAUUGCCUCAUUCACGUUACCAGCUCUCCAAACUUUUGAGCAAAACAGGCACAACAAUGACAUAUUAUUGUUUUGCCCCAAAUGCUUCACACACAUAGAAAAUGCUGAAACAAAUGCCUCUUUUCACUGCACAAAGUGCGGACACAAAACUAGUGUUUCUAGUUUAUCUGAUAUGCCUUUUUUUGUGACUCUUGAUGUGGAAUCGCAGUUGCAAAGAUUGUUGAAAGACUGUACACUUCUUGACUUAACAAAGCCACUUAACCAUGAUGGCUCAUUGGGUGAUCUGUAUGAUGGCGAAAUGUACCGCAAUUUUGCAGCUGCAACACAGCAGUGUGGUCCCAGAAUCAGCUUCACAUUAAAUGCUGA